CGUCAUUUUGGCCAACACUGGAAUUCCAACCAGGGCACUCAGGACUCAGUUUAUUUACUGUAUGUAGGCAUCACAGGGAUUUACUUCCAGCAUGAAGCGAUGACACGGGCUGCUUAGCCAUCCUUUAAGGUGGGACGACGCUAUUUACUUCUGUUUUUUAUGCAGUUUUGAUGAAGUAUUAACUCAAAGAAACAACACAUGUACACAGUAACUUCCAAACCAGUCAGCAAUCCUUGGACAAAAAGCACCCAAACCCGGAUGUAAAGAUCAUAAAAAGCUAUGGGCCAGUUUCUCCGAAAACUCCAUGAAGAACAUCAGGCUGAAGGUGAUGGUGAUGGCUCACACAGAAAGAAGAACUCAAAUGCUCUGUUGUCAUUCCCGGACUUAAAUUUACUCCCCCCAGAAAUCAGCCUCUCCGUCCUGUCUCAUCUGAAUGCUACGGACCUCUGUCUGGCUGCCUGUGUGUGGCAGAGCUUGGCUAAUGAUGAUAUACUCUGGAUGAGCUUGUGUCACAGCAACUGGGGCUACGUCAGUGCCUACAAACGACGCCAUGAGCCAGGUUUUUCUUAUCGCAAAUUGUACUUGAAGCUGGAUGAGGGCAGCUUAACCUUUAACGCUAAUGCAAGGCUGGGUAUGGACUAUUUUUUAAACAACAUGCUGGUAGAAGACAACCCUAAGGAAAUUGCUAGAUUUUUACACUCAACAAAGAGGCUACAGAGUAUCCAGAAGAGAGAGUUUUUAAAAAAUAGGCAAGACAUUUUAGACAUCUUAGUGCAGCUACAGAACUAUGAAAACCAGUUCCUUCCAAAUGCUCUACGUAGGUUCUUUGGUGAGAUCCAUGCUCCUGAGGAGAGAGGAGACUACCUGAGCCAGCUGGUGGACAAGUUUUCUGAGAGAUUCUGUACCUGUAAUCCUGACCUGGGGCUCUCCAAAGAUGUUGUUUUCGUGGUUUGUUUCUCUUUGAUUCUGUUGUCUGUGGAUCUCUGCAGCCCUAGCGUCAAGAACAAAAUGUCAAAGCGCGAAUUUAUACGGAACACAAGACGUGCUGUUCACAUCAACGACGACUUUGCAGGUCAUUUGUACGAUAACAUUUACCUCAUUGGUCAUGUAGCACCGCAGCCAUGACAACCGUUGAUUUUAGACCAAUGCGUGUGCUGGACACAUGUUUUCAUUUGUACAUAUCAUUCAUGGCAGUUUGAGCUAACAUUAAUCAUAGUAAUUUGUGUGUUUUAAAAUGCUCAUUUUCAUUUAAGUCCCUUUGUGAUGCAUAUAAUUUGUGACAUGGUUAACUUGUUAAUUGAUGCUUUAUUCAUCUCUAUUUAUGAAAGAUGAUUUGAAUUCCAAAUGGUCAAUUCAAAUUUAGUCUGUCUUAUAUAAUAUUUGCUUUAUUCUGUAAGUAUGCAUAGUUAACAAAUCAUUCUGAGAUAUGCAUAAUUAGCAAACAGGAUGAACCUUCACUUAUUAGACUUUUUUUUUUUUUUCGGCUUCAUAAGUACAUCUUGACGCUCUCCAUCUACGUCUUUUCUUCCAGUCUGUGAUUUUUGUAAUAAAAGGAAGUGAAACAUAAUUGUAGAGAUUCACCAGUGGGAGUGCAUGUACAUACUGUCAUCAGCACAACAGAUAUUGUCAAUGUUUUAUAUUUUUGUAACUAAUUCAAAUAGAUUGCAUCACCUUGUUAUGCAGCAGAGUGGUACAAGGCGUGUAAUCUAAUUUUUUUAAGUGUAAAAAGUCAUUUUUUCCUCUGAUUUUUUCCAAGGAUACAUUGCUUGCAAAUAACCAUUUUCACUGUCAAGAUAAGAAGAAAAUUUGAUACUUUAUAGUAAUCUGCCAACGUGACUGUUAUGUAUUGAGUAUUUUCUUUACUAAUGUAAAAAUACAGUACAAAUUGAGUUACGUUGGCCUUGGUGAAAUUGGUAUCUUGAUAUCUUGAUUGGUAAUAUUUGUAUGCUUUCAUAAUUUACCUUCAUAUUGUCUUUAAGAAUUUAUGAGAGCUCAAUUACCAGAGUUGGCUAACGUGUUUGAAAACCUGUUAUGACUUUACAGGAGGAACAUAGAUUAUGAACUGCUUAAAAUAUUUUUGAUUUAAAAUGAUUAACCAUGUUAUUGUAAAAAUUGCACCAAAGAUGAUAAAGUUUACACUUGAGAAAAUGUGUACUGCUGAAAAAAGAUAAAAAUUCUCACAUUGUUUGAAUCCACAAUGAAAAUUUAUACAAUAUUUGACGAAUGAAAGUAAGACACCAAAGACUGUACUGCAAUGAGUGAAUGUUGAGUAAAUUAAUAUUUUUAGAUAGUUAAAUCAUAGUUUGUUGUGAGGCUAGAAUUGAUUGUGGCUCCCUGUAAUAUUAAUAAUUAAAUAAACCUAGCAUGUAUGAUGUACUAUUAACUAAUAUGCUCUAAAAUUUUAGACAUUCAAAAGUGUAAUUAUUGCAGAAAAUACUUAUCUUUUAACCCUAUGUACAGAGCUGUGAGGCUGUGAUACUAGUACAAUAUAUUAUAAUGAUAUUGUAGUGCAGUAAUACGAAGUUGAAUUGUAAUAUAUAUCUUA